AUGCAUUUGGACGGGCUUCUGCAGGUUAUCGGAGAGUUUGGUACUUACCAGAGACGACAGUAUUUUCUGGUAUGUCUUGUUGGGUUAUAUGCAAUAUUACCCCUACUGGCGACGGUGUUCCUGGCGGCAACGCCCAAACAUCACUGUAAACUGCCCGCUGAGCACGUGGCGCGCGCGGAGAGGGUCUACGGCAACCUUUCCCACGAGGAGCUGCUCAACCUGUCCAUCCCUUGGGAAGAAAACGGCGGCCAACUGACUAGAAGCAGUUGUAAGCUUUAUCCAUGGACAAGGCCUAACCAAACUCUCACCUCCUAUAAUGAGACGCACUCUGUUCCAAGUGUUAACGAGACAGAAAGCAUAGCGUGUCCUCUGGGACUGGAAUAUAGCCAGGAUAUUUAUACAUCAACGGUGGUGUCAGAGUUUGAUUUGAGCUGUGGAAGAGAGUGGAUGGUGGGCGCCAGCCAGUCCGCGUUCUUUGUAGGGAAAGUGGUGGGAGACGCUUUAAGUGGGACCAUAAGUGAUAGGUUCGGCAGACGACCUACGUUCCUGGUGGCCGUAAUGUUGUCGGUGUCAGUGGGUGUAGUUACCGCUUUGUCUCCCUCCAUGACGGUGUAUAUAGCGUCUCUAGGUCUGCAGGGGAUCAUCACCGGAUGUGUUUUCUUUUCAAUAUACACUCUAGGUAUGCUGAGGAGAGACAGAGAGAUUAACCCCAUGUUUUUACAGCUAGUGACGAAUUAA